GGAAGGGGGUGGGACUCAUGUGAGGAGCUCGAGUGGUGACUUUGCGGGCUUCUGGCCUUUCCAGACCCUUGUUUUCUGAGUGCGGAGCUCGUCUAGAUUCUGGGGUUUGUGUCGUCCCGCGCACGUCAUCGCGAAGCUGUGUGUAAGGGUCCCGUUGCCUAGCUACGGUGCCCCUCCAUCCUGGAGGCAGAGUAGCGGACUGACAGGCGUGCUGCGUUGCGUACCUGCGUCCGGCCAGAGAGCCAGAGGCUUAAGUGAAAAUGAGACAUGUCAGAAGACGUGAAACAAGGAAAAAUUCUAGAACUCAAGAGCAUGAGCAGAAAUCUCGAGUUGAUUGGAGGCGGACUAAAAGAAAUAGUCUUUCACAAUUAUUUGAUAGUGAUGAAGAAUUCGAUAGUGAUGAAGAACUUGAUAGUGAUGAAGACCUGGAUAGUGAUGAAGAGCCAGAUAGUGAUGAAAGUGUUGACAAUCAUGUAAGUGUUGACAAUGAUGAAGAGCUUGAUAGUAACAGGGGGCUCGAUAGUAGUAAAAAGCCAGAAAAUGAAAGAGAGCUUAAAUUAAUUAAAGUUGAAAGUGAAGGAAACAGCUGUGAGCAUCUCAUUAACACUGGCAACAGUUCAACAUAUGAAGAAGAAAAGAACAAAAGCAAACCUAGAAGUAUUGACUUACCAGAGCAUGAAAAGCAUUCAGGUCAAGAGGAGGAGGAUCUCAACAAACACACUGGACAAAUAAUAGAGGAGGAUUUAGAAGAAGAACACGUUAGGCGAGGGAAGAGAAAAAGGACCUCCUCUGUGAUGUAUGACAGUGAUGACAGUGAUGACAGUGAUAUCCUAGCUGCAAAAGUAGGUGUUAAACGUCCACGGAGAGUGGUUGAAGAUGAAUGUUCUUCAGUGGAGAUGGAGCAAAAAGACCCUGAGAAAACUUUAGCUGCAAGAAAGCGACGACAACUCCAGAAGCUGAAAGAACUCUCAAAACAAAGAUCUCGUCAGAGACGCAAUAGUAGUAGAGAUUUUGAGGACUCUGAAAAGGAAUCCUGCCCAAGCAAUGAUGAAAAUGAUGAGGAGGAGGAGGAGGAGGCAGAGGAGGAUUGUGAAUCUGAUGAAGAUGGAGAUGAUUAUGUUAUUGAUGACUUUGUAGUGCAAGAUGAGGAGGGUGAUGAAGAGAAUAAAAGCCAGCAAGGAGAAAAAUUGACUACAUCACAACUGAAAUUAGUAAAACAGAAUUCUCUUUAUUCUUUUAGUGACCACUAUACUCACUUUGAAAGAGUUGUGAAGGCUCUUCUGAUCAAUGCUUUAGAUGAAUCUUUUCUGGGAACAUUGUAUGAUGGCACCAGGCAAAAAUCGUAUGCACAAGAUAUGUUGACAUCUCUUCAUUAUUUGGAUAACCGCUUUGUUCAGCCUCGUCUAGAGAGUUUAGUUUCUAGAAGUCGUUGGAAAGAACAAUAUAAGGAGCGGGUAGAAAAUUAUUCUAAUGUAAGUAUCCAUCCAAAGAAUACAGAAAACUGUUCCUGCCAGGCUUGUGGAUUGCAUCGCUGCUGUAAAUAUUCAGUGCAUUUAUCAGGAAAGUUGUAUAACACCAGGACUAUGGAAACAGAUGAUUUCAUGUCACAUGAUAAACAGGUGUUCACUGUUGGCAGAAUUUGUGCUAAUCGUACCAAAGUUUAUCAUCAACUGAGACAUUUCAAAUUCAAGCUGUACCAAGAAUGUUGCUCCAUUGCAAAGACAGAAGUAGUUGAGGAUGAACAGGUUAAAGAAACAGUGGAAAGAAUUUUUAAUCAGUCAAAAGAAAGUGGCUGGAUUAAAGAGAACAGUUCUUGUGACCUGAGAGUGAAGAAGCACCUGGUGCCAAUCUGAGGAAAGGAUCUCGGCUGCCAGUUCUAAUCCCACCCACAUCCUCUUCUUGAGGACAUGGGACUGAGCAGUGAGCACUGUAACUGAAGAUCCAGGGGAGUGCAGAGGUUUCGGGCCACGGCACUGAUUUUGAUUCCCCCGUAUCCUGUUGAUUACUAAAUUUGCUAUCAGGGAUAAAGUGGGGGUUUUGAAGAGUGCGCUGGGUUCCCGAAGAUCUGCUGGCAGCUCAUAAGCUCUGGUCUGCUCACAGAGCUUUUAGAAUUGCUUAUGGUACAUGGAAAGAACGCUAUUAUGAUUGCAAUCUUCUAAAACAAGUCUGCUUACAUGAAUGUAUAAGAGAGAACAUAUAGUAGAUUUUCAGGCAACUCAGAUCUAACAGUAUAUUUAAUCUUAGAAAAAAAAAGAAGGCUGACUUGAGAUCCAUUGCCUGGGUUAUUUAUAUCACAGGGGAAUUUGUAAAAGAGGAAGAUGAAAAAGAAGAGAGCUUAGAGGAUAAACUUAUGAGCAAAGGGAAAGAAAAAGAGAACAACAAAGCAGGAAGUCCGUAGGACAUGUCAUGUUCCACAGAGGUCUCCCGAUCUGGAGAAUGACAUCAAGAUUGGUUUCCCUUUUGACAGUUAGCCUCCACCACAAACUACCACCCAGUGAUCUCCUUGUCUGGCCCUCACAUCUUGACCCUUAAGUCAUCUUUCUCUCAUUUUACUCUCUUCAGUUUUUUAUCUUUUACUUUGCUUCUACUUCUCUCAUCCCGUGCUUCUCUCCCUGUCCUCUGUGCUUGUCCACUUGCCUUAGGGAGGAGCCAUCACUUGUCCAGUAAGCCCCAUCGUCAUUUUCCUAGGUGACUUAAAUUCUUAAGUGCUUCUACUGGUGUAUUUAAUUGUUGCCAAUCCUCUGGUGGAGUUGAAAGACCUAUUGGGAUACCAUAUAUUUAAAGAAUUGUAUACUAGGUGUAGAAAAAUCACUGCGCAUGUAUUAUGUAUAUUAUAUAAUAAUAUAUAUGGGGAAGGAUAUUAAACUUCUUGCAGAAAAAAAUAAAAGCAUUUCCAAAUUAUGUACCUUCGAGAAAACUUAACAAGGUUUAUAACAACAGAAGGGAUCCGGAAUAAGAAAAAAUAUUCUUAGGAAAAGAAAGCCAAGUGUUAUAUUAUGCUUAAAGAAUAACACUUAACAUCGGGCAUUGAAGGUGUUUCAAAAUUGUCCAUGUUUAGCACAGUAUGCACAUUUUUUUCACAUAAAAUAUCGAAGAGCUUUAUUUUCUCUUUGAGAUCUCUUUUACUUUGAAAGUAUUUUUCGAGAGACUUUCUCAAAAGAUUUCCUGGAAACUAAAGAAGUUUAUAACCAGUAUAAGCCUAUCUGCAGCUUUCCAUGCUGUGAUUAAAUUUCACAAUUUAUAGAGUGCUCUGACAUUUCUCAGCGUCACUUUGCCUGUCCCUCAGUGUGUGUGCCCUGAGUGAUAGCACGGCAUGUGUUCUGGGCAUGCAUGCUGCCUUCUCUGGCUGCAUCUCACGGCCACAGUUACUCUAACCCUUUAGAAUACCAGGGCUCAGUGCUCCUUGAAUGGCCAUAUCUGUGGCUCUGUCUGCUCUUACCUCCCAAUUAUUAUGUCAACCUCUUCUUUUACCUUCCACAAACUAUUUGUUCCUGUCCUUCCUCCCCCAGCUUGUGUUUCACACCUUGCUUUUUCCCUUACCUGACCCUCCUUCCUCCAAGCAUUUUUCUUCCAUGUCUCAGGAUAUCUCAGCAUUUCUUCCAAAGACUUGCCAACUAGAAUGCCCUCCUCCUUCUUCUCCUUCUUCCCAACUUGAACUAGGAUGAUCUGUUUUUAACCUAGUGAUAUUAAAGGGAUAGAAGCAAAUCAAGUGUAGGAAAAAAAAAUGACAAGAAAAUUAUCAUAAAACCAAAAUAUAUAAUAAAUAUAAUAGGAAUAUAUCUCAUUCUAAAUGAGAGCUGAAAAACAUAAUAUGUGCCACUGGCAAAAUUCUAACAAAUGUUUUUUCAUUAAGAAGAAAGUACAUAUGAUGAUGGGGUUUCCAGGGAAGUUGAAGAUAGGAUUGUUAGCAUGGGGUAAUGAAUCCAUGAACACCAGGGAGUGAGAAAAGUGUGUCAAAUAGAACUAUCAAGUUUCAGUUGUACAGUUGUAUUUAAAGUAAAUUUAAAUGUAUUACAUAAAGGUUGUUAUAUAAAUAAGAAUUUUAAAUUGUGAUUGGGUAUCCCACCCCUUCCCGAAACUUCCCCACUUGUUCUCUUCUCUUUCUUACCGCCUUUUAAACUUUUUUUUUUUCCUUUUUUUCUACCCCUUAAACUGUUGUUUUUCAAAACGUGGUCCUAAACUACCUAGGUCAAAAUCACCUAGAAGUUUAUGAAAAAUGUAUAAUGCCUGGGCUCAGUGCAGACCUACUGAAUAAGAAUCCUUGGGGGCGUUAAACCCAACGAUUAACUAAUUAGGUGAUUCUAAAGCAGAUUGAAGGUUGAGGGCCACUGCUUAAAAGUGCAUGUUGUACUGGAUUCUGUCCUCAGCCUCCUCUCUAAGCUCUCUCCCUUGGCAAACCCAUUCCUUUCUUCAGGUCUAACUGCCACUUCUGAGUAGAAGACUCCAGUCUCCUUCUUUUAUCUUCUGACCCCUUUCUCACACUCCAUUCCCACAAUUCCAACUGUUUUCCUUAGUAGGUCCACCCGGCGCUCUAAGGGGUUGACAUAAUAAGACCCUAACUCUCCAAAUUCUUAGUAGAGAAGACUGAGGGAAGCAGUCUCUAGGGGGAGAGAAUGCCCAGGGAGUACUAACCUCCUCUGUCUGAGGUUCACUGCCCUGCAGAGGUUUAUUUUCACACUAAAGCUGCACCCUGCCCCCACCCUUUAAAUCUCAAAAAUAGCAUGCUAUUUGCUAUUAUAGAUAUUGCUAUAUUGCUAUAUAUAGAUAUUGCUAUAAUCUCCAAAUGGUUAAAAGCCUGGGUUUAAAUAUUUUUUAGCAGUAGAAUUUGGGAGAAGAUUACUUUAUUUCUCUAAGCCUAAAUUUUCUCAUUAGUAAAAUAGGAACUAAAAUAAUAAUUAUUUAGGGUUAGGGUUUUGAUUGUAGAGAUUAAAUGAGUAACACAUUUCAAGCAUUUAGUAUAGGACCUGGAAAUUAGUAAUUGAUCAAUUAAUGUUAGCUAUUAUUUGUAAUAAAAACCAGGAGAUGUUUUCCUUUCUCUUCUCAGUGUUGCUAAGAUAGAUCGUAAUUUCCCAAAAGAAAUUUGAUAAAUAAGACAAAAAAGAAUGUAAAGAGAAUAUAAAAAGUAUAAUAACAGUGAAACUUUUAAGGUAUAAGUUUCUAAUUCUUGAGUAAUUUACUUAUAUCUAAUAGAACCUGAGUUCUAGGUCAAGAGAAUCCCUAAGUAGUCCAUAGAUUUUUUCCCACCUGUUCUUUUCUUUGUUCUUUCCAGAGAAAGUGAUCCAGUCAGAAUUCUUUGUCUGGGGCUUGGGGCGGGAGACGAGGGGGCUGUUCAUGGCCCUGUCUGAAAGGAAAACACACUCCUCAUAUACACUUCCAUAGGUCCCUAUUACCACAAAAGUCAGAGGCAUUAGGAGCCUCUCUCACCUCCUUGGGAGUAGAACUAGAGCUCAUAAGUAGAGUUAAGAAACCAUCAGGUCAGUUAAUCUGCUCAACUGAGGUAAGCACUUUGAACUGUUACCAAACUUGAAAUCUCCAAAUCAUCCUCACUCAUCUCUUAUCUACCCUGGUCUUUACUCUUCAUCUUCAUUGCUCUCACUCAAAUCUGGGCUCUCAUUACCUAAAUUAUUACAGUAGACUCAUAACUAGUUGCCGUACUAUUCUAGAAUGGAUGGUUUGCCGUUUUUCUUAUAGCUCAGAUCAUGUUGGUGUCCUGCCCUGACACCUUUAGCAGCUUUUCAUUGCUGUCACAUUAUUGCUAAACUCCUUAACCUAGUAUUUCGUUCUUCUUAUUCUUUGACCUCAGCCUCUUUGGUUUAGUCUUCUGUCUCCCUGUUCCCCUAAAAACCUCAGAUUGUGGUCAAAUCCUGAAUUUUCUUGUCUUGUCACUGUUGUAUAGACAGUUAUCUCCUACACAAAACUCUCUCCACCAAAUCUUUGCCUACCAAAUCUUUCUUCCUAGGACAGCUUAAAUGCCAGUCCUUCCCGGUCACCUCAGCUAACCAUGACCUCUCUUCUGAACCCUCAUAACAAUGUCUCUGCUUCUUUAUGGCCCUUGUUAUUGAUUAUCAUUGGUGUAUUACUUCUGAACUCUGUUCUCCUUAGGGGCAGGGAAAGCAAUUUUUUUCUUGUACCUAGAUAAUCAUUAGCAGAGUAUUUAAUAUACAUUUUGCAUUCAACAAAUUUUUGUUGAAUAAAUUAUUGAAGUUGUCAUACUUCUACUAUAAAUAUGAUAGAAAAAUUUUAAUUUACUGGAAAAUUAUGAAAUUAAUAAUAGUGUUUAGUUUGAUCUUUCUCCAGUACUUUAUAUGAGUUAGAAAUGCUUAUUUGAAACUGAGUCCCUGCUUAUAACAAAAAGAUUACCAUGAAGUGAACUUUUUCCUGUUUGUGUCUGUAGAUUAAAAAGGCCUAGUUUAUCUUCAUUGCUUUGAGUAAAAUAACUAGCUUUUUUAUUGUAUACACAGAAAUAUGGGAAACUUCAAGAAUAUCUCAAUUCUGCGGAUUACUUUCAAGAUGAGAAGUUUGACUAAAUUGUAACACAUUUCCUUCAGAGAAGAUUUUGUAAAUCCUGUAAAUGUGAAGAUCAUGGGUCUUGUUUAUCUGUAUCAUGUGACAUAUCUAUAUAUUUUAUGUAUAUCUUCAUGGCAAAAGAUCUUGUUUAAAAUAUAUGUUCAUCUUAAUUUCCGUGAAAUGGAAAUUCCACUCUACAGUCUAAUAAAAUUUUUAUCUGCUGUA